CGAGAGGUAGAGCAUAUUCAUUCCAGUGAAGACAGUCGAGGCAAUACAGGCGCAGAUCUGAGUCGUCCCCUGUGCAUAUACCUACGUCGUUUACUUGAUAUCAUCGCAUCAGAGUAGUUAGUAAUUUAUAAUACAACGGAACAUCGCGAGUUGCAAUAAAGCGCAAACAAAUAGUUUUUUUGAAUCCAAAUGGUGGUGCUGGAAGUCGGCGGGAUGUUGUCUUCUUCAGGAAACCAGUAUUUACAACCGGAUUACCUUUCACCUCUGCCAACCACGUUUGACGCAAAGAAAAGUCCUUUGGCUAUGUUGGCGCAAACGUGCAGUCAGAUUGGAGCGGACUCUCCUUCGACGAAGUCCAUAAUCUCUCCAUUGGAGAAACCUAAGAAAAAUUCCAGUGUGGAUUUAUCGCGAUCAUCACCCGCGAAUAACAGAGAGAAGACAGAGAAGAUUGCUCGCAGCAGUCCGGCGGAACCUAAACUCGCCUUCAAACCGUACGAGAACAACGUGACUAUCAAAAGAACCGAAGAAAUCCCAAGACCUUCUUCUAAGUCCACCUUGUCCGAGACGGAAGAUAAGAAAGCGGAAACUCCGAACAACAGGAAAACCGCUUCGCCUGCAAGCAGCGGUACUCCGGUUCCGGAUAAUGGAAAGACAACGCCGUCAAAUGAGAGGAAGUCUUCAACUCCGCGCGGUGCUAGUCCGAUUAUCAGAUCCGGAUUGGAAAUCCUGCAGGGCCAUCCGAAGGACUCGCCGCUGGGGACUUACAAGCCCGGUACUAUGCCUGGAAGUCUUCCUCUGAGUUCUCUCUGCUGUCCGCCGGGUUUGGAGCAUACGAAUCCGGCAUUCAGGCCUCCUUUCCCAGGUGCGCCUUUUUCGCAUCAUCACGCGAUGCUUGGAUAUCCAGGAUCUACACCAGGACCCUACUUGAGUUAUGCGCGAGUGAAAACCCCGUCGGGUGGUGAAGCAUUAGUUCCAGUGUGUAAAGAUCCUUAUUGUACCGGAUGCCAGUUUAGCAUGCACAACCAGCAACUUCUGAUGGGCGGUGGAGCGACGGGUCCGUGCCCGAGCGGAUGUACCCAGUGCGAUCACCAGAAGUACAACCUCGCCAUGGCCAUGUCCUUAGUGCCUCCAGGUCCCGUACCGCCGUCCUCUCUCGCCUAUUCCCAGCUGGGACGUCCUUACAUCUGCAACUGGAUUGUGGGUGAUACCUACUGCGGUAAACGCUUCGUCACCUCCGAAGAGCUCCUCCAACACCUGAGGACCCACACGAACGGAACAGAAGCUACCGCCGUCUCCACAGCCUCUUCAUCUCCUCUCUUGAACCCGCAUUCUCUGUUCUCCACCUCUGCCUUGCACAGGGCCGGAUAUCCGAAUCCACCACUCUCGCCUCUAUCCGCCGCCCGCUACCAUCCUUACGGCAAACCAACACAUGCACCAUCUCUGGCCGCAUCUCCGUUCAGCGCAUUCAACCCCACAACCUUAGGCCCUUAUUACACACCGUAUUCCAUCUACGGUCAGCGUUUGGGCGCCGCGGCUGUCCAUCCAUAAUCGUAUGAAGACAUCUAUUACCGAAUGUAAUCCAUACCGACAAGCAGACUGAUCGAAUGGGAAGAAGGAUUUAAGGAAACAACCAACCUUAAUCCUCCUCUCAACAACCAAAACAACAAGCGAGUCUAUUGUCCAUAUGAAAUACUGUGAUAAUAUGUAAAUAUAUAUUUUGCGGUUUAAGUGCAAUCCUUAGGUCUAAAAAAAAACAAAA